GCAGUUGGCCGGGCUGUCAUGUGGCGGGGUGUCCACGGCUGCCUAGGCAUCCUUGUGCAGUGGCGGGCGGCGCUCUGGUCCCAUAGCUUUGCCAGCACUUGGAGUGGCUAUAAGGAGGCGAUGGCUGAGGCACUGUCCACCCAGGCCAAAGCAACAGGCGGGUUGAAGGCUCUGGUUCAGCAAAAUGGAGACUCUGGUAGUGACCAGAGCAGAGAGCCGCUCGUGGAGGGCCUGGAUCCGGCGGCGGUGGGGAAACAGGUCCCUGGGAGCCGGGGGCCGGCCCAGGGAGGCGAAGAGCAGGUCUCGGGGAGCGGGGAGCAGGCCCCAGCUCCAGUCGCCGACUCAGGCAAGAGGAAGAAGCGGCGAGGUGCCACCGGGGAACGGGUCGUGCCGCCCCCGAAGAAACGGCGGACUGGGGUCAGCUUUGGCGAUGAGCACUUUGCAGAGACUACCUACUACUUCGAGGGCGGCCUGCGCAAGGUUCGGCCCUAUUACUUUGACUUCCAGACCUACUGUAAAGGUCGCUGGGUGGGCCGCAGCUUGUUGCACGUCUUCAGCACCGAGUUCCGAUCCCAGCCACUGGCGUACUACGAGGCUGCAGUCCGGGCGGGACGCCUGCAUCUCAACGAGGAACCAGUUCAGGACCUCAACAUCGUGCUCAAGGACAAUGACUUCUUGCGGAACACAGUGCACAGACAUGAGCCACCAGUCACAGCAGAGCCUAUUCGCCUUCUAGCUGAGAACGAAGACGUGGUUGUGAUAGACAAACCAUCCUCCAUUCCUGUCCACCCCUGUGGCAGAUUCCGACACAACACAGUCAUCUUCAUCCUAGGCAAGGAGCACCAGCUGAAGGAGCUCCACCCACUGCACCGGCUUGAUCGCCUCACCUCAGGGGUGCUCAUGUUUGCCAAGACAGCUGCAGGCUCAGAGAAGAUUCACGAGCAAGUUCGGGACCGGCAGCUGGAGAAGGAGUAUGUGUGCCGGGUUGAAGGGGAGUUCCCCGACAAGGAGGUAAUUUGCAAGGAACCCAUCUUAGUGGUGUCUUACAAAGUAGGAGUGUGCCGUGUGGACCCCAGGGGCAAGCCCUGUGAGACUGUCUUCCAGAGGCUGAGCUACAAUGGCCACUCCAGUGUGGUACAGUGCCGACCGCUUACAGGCCGUACUCACCAGAUCCGAGUCCACCUGCAGUUCCUGGGCCACCCCAUUCUCAAUGACCCCAUCUACAAUUCAGCUGCCUGGGGUCCGUCUCGAGGUCAGGGUGGCCACAUUCCAAAGACAGAUGAGGAGCUUCUCCGGGACCUGGUUGCAGAGCAUCAGGCCAAAGAAAGCCUGAAUGUGCUAGAUCUCUGUGAGGGUGACCUGGCCCCAGGACUUGGGGAUUCUACAGCCCCCUCUUCAGAGUUGGUUAAGGACAGCCUUGGAGAAUUGGCUUCAGUAGCCCAGAAGACAGAGGGAAUAGCUGAAGCAGCCUCUCAGGAUCUGGACACACCAGAGAAAGCAGCUAAAGCAGAUGUUGUGAAUCAAGAAACAGACCCACUCUGUGCAGAGUGCCGGCUGCUGCGACAGGAUCCCCUGCCCCAGGAUCUUGUGAUGUUCCUGCAUGCCCUCCGCUAUAAAGGGCCAGACUUUGAGUAUGUCUCACCCAUGCCAGCCUGGGCACAGGAUGACUGGCAGGAAGACUGAGGGAUGUGGCCAAUGGAGGACUGGCUUCUCAGGUUGGAACAAGGGUGGGCCUUGGGGCAGGGACGGGUCCCAUUGGUUGAUUCUCAGGGUUUGGAGAAGAUGAGGUUUCAUUGUAAAGGAACCUGCUCCUGCUACCUCCUUCCUUUUCGCUCUUUUGGGGACUUUCAGGUCUGUAAAUAUAUCAUUUUUUUCUAACACAUUGUAUAUCAGUUUUUACUGGCUUUUUUUUACACCUCCUCCCCUCUUCCCCAAUGCUUAGGAUAGAAUCUAGGUCCAUUCACAAGGAAGGCAAGUGCUCUACAGCUGAACUCCAUUCCUAGACCCUUAGUACUUUUGAGUUUCUCUUUGUAGCUCAGGCUGCUCUUGAACAGUGAAUCCUACCUCUGCUACCCAACUGGGAACACAGGCAUGAAGCACCAUGCCUUGCUUUUAAAAAUUGAGAUAAAAUUCACAUAGUAUAAAAUUAGCCAAUUUAAGAUAUACACUUCUUUAUUGGCCUUUACUAUGUUCACGAACUUGAGCAACAUUAUCUCAUGAUUUCAAACAUUUUCUUACCCCUAAAGGAAAUCUAUACCUGUUAAACACUCAUUCCCCUUUCUCUUCUCUCAACUGGUAAAUAUUAGUCUAUUCUUUAUGGAUUUGUGUGUUCUAGGCAUUUCAUAUAAAUGGACUCAUAACCUUC